AGAUUGUAAAUUUAAUAUGUGUAUACCAGUGAUCAGAAACCUUCUCUUAGGGACAUAUAGCAGCCUAUUGUCUUUAAUUAACUGUUACACCACACUGUCUGAGUGAAAGACAAGUAAAGGCUGCUAAUAUUCCUAUUCCUGAUUGUCUUUAUCUUCUCCCUCCCACUCUUCAGUUUGGAUUAUGUCAUUGUACAGUUCAACUUCAGCUCGUCUUGUGCUCUUUCAAAGUACUUGGAUAACUGAUUUACAACCUGCUUUUAUAUUCCUUGGUUGAUGUUUACCUGGACUUGCCCUGCAUUGAAAACUUGUGUAGCAGACUAUAAGAAGUGCAAAAAAGAAAUCUGCCUCCACAGUGAGUUAGAAAAGUUAUAUUUAUCUGAGCAGCCGUGGGCAAUUUUCUUUUAAUCCUAGACGUUCCUUGGGGACAGUAGGGAAAGAAGCGGAGCUGACUUCCCCAAUUUUUCACUGUGCUACCAUUAACAGAGCUGUGGAUAGACCGUUCAAAUAAGGAGAGACAGAAUUAGCAGCCAAAGAGAACCCCACACAGAGAGCACAAAGAUGAAUGACACACAAAAUGGAACUACUCAAAUUAACCCCAUAUGUAGAAACAGGCAAGCGCCUUAUUCUUACGAAAUCAUCCAAAAUCUUGACACUACAGGAGCAUUGUUAUUUUCUCUUAUAACAUUAAUGACAAUAUUCGCAUUCCUGGUGUUCUUAGAAGAAGCAUACUAUAUGUAUAAGAAAAUACCUGGCUCAAAAAAAUCUAUAAUGAUUUGGAUAAAUGCAGGAGCACCAAUUAUCGCGAUAACAGCAUGCGUCGGAAUGUGGAUACCUCGCAGCACUAUGUUCACUGACUUCACUGCAUCUGUAUUCCUUGCCGUGUUCAUACACAAGUUUCAGCAGAUGUUGGUGAGUGAAUGUGGUGGUAGACGAGAAUUUCUUAAGAUGUUUUCAGAGAAAAAACUGCAGCUGAGCACAGGUCCAUGCUGCUGCUGCUGUGUCUGUCUGCCCCGUAAAGACAUUAACAGCCGAACAUUAUUUAUUCUGAAACUUGGAACCUUUCAAUUUGCAUUCCUGCGGCCUGUGCUUAUGUUUCUCUCAGUAGUGCUUUGGACCAAUGGAACCUUUAUUUUAGGAAGUUCAUCAAUUGAUGGAGCUACAAUGUAUAUUAACAUCAUUCUUGCUAUCAUCACAAUCACAGCACUUUGGGCUGUUGGAAUCAUGUUUAAUCUGGUCAGACCUUCCUUAGCGGACAGGAACAUUAUUCCUAAAUUUGCAGUAUACCAGUUUAUUGUCAUUCUAAGUCAGCUGCAAACCUCUAUCAUCAAUAUUCUUGGAACAAUGGGUGUUAUCUCAUGUGUCCCACCCCUACCAGGACCAUCAAGGGCCUCAUACAUGAAUCAGCAGCUACUCAUAAUGGAAAUGUUUCUCACUACACUCCUCUGCCGUAUGUUAUACCGCCGAAAAUAUGAUACGUUAACUAACCAGGAAGAGAACGAUAAUCUAGAAAACAACACAGUGGAUUUGAACAGCAAAGCUUUGGAAGAGAAGCUACAUUACGAAGAUAAGAUACAAUAUGCCUAAAGACAAUUUAACAUUGUAGGACUUUUUCUGAAAAUGUACCAACUAGAAAUGGAUGGAUCUACAUAUGCAUUUAUUUGAUUGUAUUUUUUACUUUAUCUGACUAACAUAUAUAGUAUAUAUAAAUAUAGGAUCCAUGUAAAUAAAGUUAAUUUGGUCUUGUAUUUUGGGCUAUAUGUCUGUACCCAGUAAGUUUAAUAAA